AAAACGCAGCUGUUGAUUUGCUUUGUGCAACAAAUAUUUUAAAAUAAUUACUACAUUUCAUAAUAUUUGCGAGAGAUAAUUUUUACAGAGACACGUAAGUAAUAUUAAUUACCAAAUUUUGAAGUAACUACAAAAAACAAUGUGACAUUGUCUUAAGCUGGUUUAGUGUUUAUCAUUCGCUUUGGCGGGUAUAAGUUGAAAAGUGAAAAGCACAGCAUAUUUUUAUUACCAUUAUAUAACAACGUCGUAGGGUGGGGUCGAUAACUUAACCUACCUUAAACCUGAAACAAUUUUCAAAACUAAAAAGAAUCGCAUGCGAAUGAAAGUUAUAUCUUUGUUUCCGCGUCGCAUUUUCGCAUAUAGUACUAAAAUCAAUAAUUGCAGUGAUCGGAAGCCUAGUCAGCUUCUUUUAAAAAUGGAACCGCAGCCCCACGACAUGAUCUCCUGUCCCUACAACAUGGCGCACCAAGUAGAACAUUAUAGGAUGCACAUACAUCUACAGAAGUGUCGGAAACAGCAUCCGAACAGCGGUAAAGUUACCUGUCCGUUUGACGCUACUCAUAUUGUUAAUGAGGUUGAAUUGGAUUACCACGUGACAACGUGCCCAAAACGCCAUAUGCUGGACACCCAACUGUAUGUCAUGGACGAUGACCAACGUCCUGUGGUGCCGGUCGUGUCGCAAUCCGCGAGAGACACCUCGGACGACUGGGAGGCCGAUUGUCACACAUCCUAUAAGCCGGACUACUCCAAAAAAGGGGCCCACGUUAUCCAGAAGAUCAAGGGUGCUACCCCAUCCGAAAGACGUAAGGCGCGUAUGGAGAACAUUAGACAUUAUAGACCUUUAGAAUAAACUUAAUUUUGUAUAUUAAUAAUAACGUUUUUUUCUUUAAAAUUUUGUAUUUUCUAUGACGGACGUCUGUUCAACUUUUUUGUACUAAGACCGUAACAAACCAAAGUUUACCAACAACAUAAGAGAUUGCCCGUUUUGUAAAUGAAGUUGGGUCCCAGUUUAAAACCCUUGUGCCCUGAAGAUUUUUAUUUAAACUAAUAGGACCUUUUUUCAUUUAUUCACCCUGGUUCAAGAGAUAUUAUAAUUUUGCAUUCAAUUUUCAAAAUAAAAACUGUCGAUUUAAGAAAAACGGGUUCUGUGUUGUCGGUGAACAUGACUUAUCAACUGUGCUCAAACAUUAUGUAAUAUGUAUAUAGCAGAGAUGUAGUAACGCAAAAUCUCCUAAGAAAGUAGCGCGACAACAUGCGGGUGCGAGGGGGAUGAGGAACGUUACUAGUUCCGCCUUUAUACGCCUAUCUAACCCGCGUUUUUUUUUGUACCAGCAAAAAUAUUUGACAGAUGUGUUAAAGAACACGAACGCCUCGUUAGUUGACUCGUAGCUGACAGUUACGCCCAUCGUACCAUUGAAUCGACCUAGAAGGCCUACCUGCUUUAUGGUAUCUCUGCUCAUUCUUUCUUCAGCCGUGCAUAUACUCGGUGUUGUUUAAUAAGGGAUGAUUUAUAUUAGGCUGAGCCGUGUCCGGGCUUUACGAAAUUCUAAAGACGAGCGUCGUUUGUGGCCCGGACGGGCCACGGAUCAUGCACGGUGUAAUAUAAACUGCUUCAUACAAAAUUAUGUAACGUUUCACAUCCGUGCCCCGUACGAGCCACGUACACGGCACGCCCCGGCCUAAUAUAAAUCAUCCCUUAUAAGAGAGUAAGUUUUUUUUUACUUUAAAUAGGUUUGACUUAAGAUUAUGGUUCGACAGAAAAAGAAAAAAAUACUUUGAAAAGUUUCUAAUCGUCCAUUUGAUAGUAUACAGAUGCCAGCAGGUCAACCUACCCGAAAAAAAAAAAUUGUUAAGGCCUAAACUCCACCAGAGUGAAGAUACUAUAUUAAAAACAAAUUUAAUUUCUCUGCUCAUAUAUUUUGUUGUAAACUGUUGUGAAGCUACCUACCUACUAACGUUUGGAAAAAUGUCACUCACACACGCAUGUGUCGCCAAUACACAAUGUCCCAUGCGGGCCUACUACAGGCCAUCGCCAUUGUGUACAGGGGGUAAUGGUAUAUGAUGGCGGACAAUUGUCAAUCAUGAGGAAUCGUGGCGUAGCGUGGCCUGUGGUGUUUACACAAUCGGCCAUUGUAUAGUUCGUCGCCGGCCGCUAAUCAGGAUACUUAGUACACUUCUGUGUUGCGUGAACAGUACACAAAUAAUUAAAAAAAUACAAUAUAAGUUAAUAACAAAUAAAUAAAUAAAACAGAAUACAAAUAAAUAGCCGCAGCCAUAAGCCAUUGGACUGCGAUAGACUGAUGAUAAUGAUGAUGAUAAGCCAUUGUAUAAACACCCAUGUGAUCGUGGCCUACAAUUGUGCAUUGCAAAGCGUGGUCCAUCACAGGCCAUUGUGUACUAGACUUUAUAUUAUUAUCUGGGUGCUGUCAGUACUGAGUGUCGUGCAUCGAGCAUAUGCGUGUCUGAGUGACAUUGUGAGAGAAUAUAGAAUAAUCUAGAUUCUAUAUAAUUGAAAUACUACAGAAUGGGCGGAGACGAGAUAUUUAAAUAACGAAAUUCUAUUGAUUGUUUAAAAACAGUCUGCGCCUUUAAACACAAGUUUAUUUCUUUCUUUAAUCUUUAAAAACCAGUGAUUUUUGUUUUGAUUUUUAGAAUAGUGGUCAGCUCAGACAAAAGAUACUUCAGCCAAUGGGCCACUUUUCAUGUUUAAAUGUAUAUUUUUUUUCAUAGGUAUUUCAAUCAGAUGUUACCUUAAUUAAUAAAUGUAUAAUUGAAAUA